UUUUCCGCGAAAGCAUCUCGUCUUGUCGUCGCGUCCGUCAGUUUUCCUUCGCUCGCGGUUCGGUUCGGAUUCGGAAGCAAACAUCACCACGUAGAAGUAUUUAUUAUUUGUCUGGCGGCGUCUCUUAUCACAGUCAGAGAAAAUUGAAAGUCAUUUUCACCGCGAUAAAAAAGCCGUACCUCUAAAUCUAGUCAAACAGAAUUUUACAAUUUGGUGCUACGGGGAAAGAAAGUACAGUAGAGUGCGAAAUUGCCGCGUAUGAUUGGUUUGUUGCGUCGCCGCCGCCAUCAGCUGCCUUCGUCCUACUCUGGGAUCCUUCGUAUUGUUCUCCAGCAGCGGGACUCUUCCCUCCUUCCGUCGGAGCAGCAACACCAUCAUCAACAGCCAAGGCAUCGACUGCUGAGAACGUUUGCGGCGGCGCCCUAUCCCACAGGUAAAUUCAGUCGAAUAGCGAUGCCGGAGGCGGCGCAGGAAUGUGUAGCCAGUUUCCGAUACCCGGAGGCCCGUCGGGACGAUUCCAUUGAGGAGGAGUUCCAUGGCGUAAAAAUCCCAGAUCCCUACCGAUGGCUGGAGGAUCCGGACGCGGAGGAAACGCAAGCCUACGUCGAGAAGCAGAACGAAAUUUCCAAGCCGUUUCUGGACAGCUGCAAGGAGUGGAAGGUGCUGAACGAAAAGCUAACCAAGCGCUGGAACUUCCCGAAGUAUUCGUGCCCGUUCAAGCAUGGCAGCCGGUACUUUUUCUUCAUGAACACCGGGCUGCAAAACCAGGAUGUCUUGUACGUGCAAAAUUCCCUGGAAGAUGAACCGAAGGUUUUCCUGGAUCCCAAUGCGCUGUCAAAGGAUGGAACCAUUGCGCUGGUGGGAUCCCGUUUCUCCGACGAUGGAAGCUUGUUUGCGUACGGACUGAGCCAAAGCGGGUCCGAUUGGACCAAGCUGAAGGUGAGGAACGUGAGCACCGGAGAGGACUUCCCGGAGACGCUGGAACACACCAAGUUUGUGACGGCAUCCUGGACCAAGGAUAACAAGGGAUUCUUCUACGCACGCUAUCCGGUGGUGGAUGGCAAGGCUGAUGGGUCGGAAACGGCUGCGAAUGAGAACCAAAAGCUGUACUUUCAUCGUGUUGGGGAUUCGCAGGAUAAGGACGUGCUGAUCGCGGAGUUUCCGGAGGAGCCGUCGUGGAGGCUGAUGCCAGAGGUAUCCGAUUGUGGAAAAUAUCUGAUGCUGUUUAUCAUGAAAGGAUGCAAGGAUAUGUUGCUGUAUUUCAGCAAGCUGGAGUCAUCAGACAACAUCACAGGAAAGAUGGACUUUGUGAAGGUUGUCACCGAGUUCGAUAGUGAUUACGAUUACAUUACCAACGAGGGAAGCCUGUUCUCGUUCCGUACUAACAAAACCGCACCGAACUACCGGGUUGUGAACAUUGACUUUGACAGCCCGGCGAUGGACAACUGGAAAACCCUGAUCGAGGAACAUCCGAAGAACGUUUUGGAUUGGUCCACUUGCGUCAACAAGGACCGCGUUGUGCUCGGGUACAUUGACGACGUGAAAUCGGUGCUACAGGUGCAUAGCCUACACGAUGGCAGCUUUGUGUCCAAAUUCCCGCUGGAAAUCGGAACCGUCGUCGGGUUCAGCGGAAAGAAGAAGUAUUCGGAAAUCUUCUACCACUUUGUGUCGUUCCUGACGCCGGGCAUUAUCUAUCACUACGAUUUCGCCAAGGAAGGAUCCGAGCCGAAGAUCUUCCGUCAGGUCAAGAUCGAAGAUUUCGACAACAGCUUGUACAAGGUCGACCAGGUAUUCUACAAGAGCAAAGACGGCGAACGGAUUCCGAUGUUUGUGGUGCAGAGAAAAUCCAAUAAGCAAGAGAAGAAACCGUGCCUUCUGUAUGGUUAUGGUGGAUUCAAUAUCUGCAUUCAGCCAUCCUUCAGUAUUACCGGACUGGUGUUCAUCGACUCGUUUGAUGGUAUUUUAGCGUACCCGAACAUUCGGGGUGGCGGUGAAUACGGCGAACGGUGGCACAAUGCCGGCCGGCUGCUGAAGAAGCAGAACGUCUUUGACGAUUUCCAGUAUGCGGCGCAGUUUUUGGUGCAGAACGGUUAUACCGAUCACGACCAGAUAGUAAUACAGGGUGGCUCCAACGGGGGCCUGCUAGUUGGGGCCUGUAUCAAUCAACGGCCGGAUCUGUUCGGUGCAGCGAUAGCUCAAGUAGGGGUGAUGGACAUGCUGCGUUUCCAUAAGUUCACCAUCGGGCGAGCCUGGGUGUCCGACUACGGUGACAUCGAAGAGAAGGAACACUUUGAGAACCUGUUCAAGUAUUCGCCGCUUCACAAUGUCCACACGCCAAAGUCCGAGAAGGAACAGUACCCGGCCACGCUGGUCCUGACGGCCGACCAUGACGAUCGGGUCAGCCCUCUGCACUCGCUCAAGUUUGUGGCCGCCCUGCAUCACGCCAUCAAGGACUCCGAAUACCAAAAGAACCCGCUGCUGCUGCGUGUGUACAGUAAAGCCGGUCACGGAAUGGGCAAACCAACGGCCAAGAAGAUUGAAGAAGCCACGGACAUCCUGACGUUUAUGUACAAGACGCUGAAGUUGAAAUUGCAUGUCUAGGGAUCGAUCGGUACUGGACCGACUAAAUAAUUCUGAUUAUGAUUGUUAGCUUUUGUAUGGCCAUCUUCUUUUUUGUUUUCACUUUUUUGUAUACCUAGUAGGUUAGUACAUGGUUUGUAUUCUUGUUCUGUUGACUUAGUCAUGGAAAAUUUAGGAUAGAAUGGAUGAAAAAAUGAAGGCAUUCAGGUAAUUUGUAGCUUUUAUAUUGCAUGAAAAUUAUUUGAAUAAAUAUUACUUGAAUGAUGCUUGAA